AUGUCUUCGGUGGUGGAAUCCAGCUCUCUGUGGAGCUCAAAUUUCCGGUUGUACUUGGCAAUGUUCAGUUACAGCACCGGGAUUACAAUCCCAAAGCUGGCAAGUCCUUGGCUGUUGAAAACCAAAGUUGGGAUCCUCCUCCUGAUCCCAAUCCAGCUGUUGGUCAUGUCCCUCACAACCAUCCCUUGCAUGUUCCUGGAACUGGCCUUGGGGCAGUACUCAAACCGGGCUGUGAUACGAGUGUGGGACUUGUGUCCCUUACUCCGCGGAAUCGGCUUAUGCAGUUUCCUCACGUUUUUGCUCUACCAAAUUUAUUACAACUUCCUGUGUACUUGCACUCUUUGUUUCACCUUUUUGUCAUUCUCGAGCGAACCCCAAUGGAAAUCGUGCAACAAGAGUUGGAAUAAGAUAAACUGCUUCACUUCACACAAUUACACGAGGAGACUCGAAAAAUUGAAAUGGGAGUCGAGUGUGGAGCAGUUUUUUUUCAACCGGAUACUCAACUCGGAGGAGACUUCCGGGGGGCCACAACCGGAAUUGGUCGUCUAUGCACUAGUCACGAUUAUUUUGGUCUUUUUUGCCAACUAUGGAGGCCCCAAAACCACCGAAAAAUUCCUCCUAGUCCUUGCAACUAUACCCACAAUCCAGAUGGUCGUGUUAUUUUUUGCCCCCUUGUCAGACCAGAACGGGUUUGUGACCCUCAAUUACCUUUUCACCCAGAUUGACACCCAGAAUUUGACAAGUUUUCAAACCUGGACUAGGUUGAUAAGUCUGGCUUUGAGUAGUCCAGGUUUAGGUUUUGGUGCGUUUGUGGCUUUCGGGACUCAGAGCACGUUUAGGAGUCCUCUACAUUUCAAAGCGAUUAUAAUUAGUGUCACUUGUGUUUUAUUCACUGUUUUGUAUAGUGUCAUAAUCCAGAAUUUUUUAAUUUCGUUGUGUAUACAGAGCCAGAUGUUGUUUGGGGAUUUUCUUCAACUGGAACAGAAGUUGGCAAUGCCGGAAGCGGUGUUUUUUCUAGAACACAGUUCCAGGUUUUGGAUGAGCAUGUGGUUGAGCAAUUGCUACAUGACUGUGUUGGUAACAAUAAACCACCAAUUACUCGAAUUUUCGGUGGCGAACUUGAUUUCCAAACCACGCACAAUGACAAAUGUCUCCGAAGUUUGAUCGUGAUGAUGUGUUUGAACGCCGAAGUGGUGUAUAAUUCGCUACCAGGAGCAAGAAAAAGACACACAGUUUGUGUUUUAACAUUUUGUCUCCUAAUCUACCUCGGUGCUAUUUUCCUCUCAACAAGAAUCGGUUAUUU